AUGCGAUCGGGGACAACUGGUGACGUGGCAGGAGGGGAAGGAGGUGACGUGGCACGGCUGAGGGCAGUAGCAGAAGAGCUUAUACUGAAGGGGGUGAAGCAGGAGAAUCUGAGGGUGGCCGCGCAAGAUGCUAUUUCAGAGGUUAUAGCAGAGGGAAUGAAGGGGAAGGAGGGGCCUGUGGUAAGUAGGGAGGGGCCUGCGGUAAGUAGGGAGGGGCCUGUGGUAAGUAGGGAGGGGCCUGCGGUAAGUAGAGAGGGCCAUGCAAUAACCACGAAGGAGCCUGUGGUGUGGGAGGAGCCUGUCACCCAGGAGAUGCCUGUGGUAACCAGAGAGAAACCUGAGGAGGCACUUGAAGAAUCACCUGAAGCGUUACCUGAGGCUGGAACGCCUCCUGGUUUGUGGCAGCUGCCGCACGAGGAGACUGGAGCAUCAGAACCUUCAUUAGAGUCACUUUCAACAUCCCAGCCUCCCGAUGCUGCUGCCCUCCCACUGUCUCCCAUUGUGGCUCCCCUUGUUGAAUCACGCCCUUCAGAAUCACCGGAGGUAGCAGCUGGAGCACCGCUUCCCCUCCCACCCAGUUCAAAUGAGCUGCCUGUUGCUGCUGCUCCAGCUGUUCCUGCUGCAUCUGCUCCUCCUGCUGCACCUGCUGCUCCUGGUGCCCCCCCAGCAGCACGCUUCUCACAACCAAAGGAGGAGGCUGCACCCGCUGCUUCCCUCCCACCCAGUUCACCCGAGCUGCCUGUUGCCACUGUACCUGCCACAGCUGCUCCUGGUGCUGCCCCUGCUGAAACGGCGCCAGUUGUUUCUGAGCCUUGGGCUGAGCCAACGACUCCAGAGCCACUUCCUGAGCCUGUGCCUUCCAAACAGCUACUUUUCGAGCCACCGGCUUCAGCAGAAACAGCAGGGGAAUCUGCAACCGAUGUGCUCCCCGCUGCUGCUGCUGUUGAGUCAGCAAAACCGUCUUUUGCUGCUGCUACUGCUGAGUUAGCAGGUCCCGAUGUUGCAGCGGUUGAGUCAGCCGGCCCUGAUGCUGCUACUGCUGAGUCAGCAGGGCGCGCAAUCAUUGACAAUGAGCGGGAAAUAGAGAGGCAGAGGCUUGCUGUGGCGCUAGCAGUGGUGGCUGUGGCAGGAGCACAGGCUCCUGGCGGUGAGCCUGCUGUAACGACUGGCAGUGGUGGUGAAAAGGAGCGUCUUUCUGUGGUUCAUGCUGUGAUGGCAGCAGCAGGUGCACGUGCUGCUGCUGGUGCCAACGGUGCAGCUGGUGAUGCUCGUUCUGCUGGUCCCGCUGGUGUUCCUGGUUCUGUGACUGGUGGUGGUGGUGGUGGCAGUGGUGGUGAGAAGGAGCGCAUUUCCGUGGUUCAUGUGGUGAUGGCAGCAGCAGGCGCACGAGCUGCUGCAAGCACGGCAGGAGGAGGAAAGGACGCUCAAGGAACCAGCAGCCCCAGCAAAAAGACUUUGGGUGGUACGGGUGCAAUGGGUGCAACAGGAGGCAUCAGCGGCAUGGGUGGUGGCAUGGGUGGUAUGGAUGGCGUGAGGAGGGAGGAGAGCGCAGCAAGUGAAUGGAGCAGCCAGUCGCAGGAGGGGUCCCCGACUGGUGCAAGGAGGAAGCAGCUGAGAGAGGUGGAGGAGAUGAUUGGAGAAAGGGAUGAAGGGAUUACAGGAGAAAAGACAGGGGGUUCUAUAUCUGAGGUGCCUAAACUACUGUCACUAACUGGUGCAAGAAUGACGCUACUGAGCGAGGUGCAGGAGAUGAUUGAGGAAGGGGAUGAGGGGGUAGCAGGGGAGGAGACGGGGGGCUCUACAAUGGAGGUACCUGAAAUACUGCCACCGACUGGUGCAAGGAUGAAGCAACUGAGUGAGGUGCAGGAGAUGACUGAGGAAGGGGAUGAGGGGGUAGCAGGGGAGGAGGUGGCGAAGGAAGAGGGAAAGGAAGAGGAGAGUGCGGGAUGGGGAGAGCAGGCUGAAUCGGUGGGGACGAAAGGAGGAAUGCUGGGGGCACGGAUGAUGGGGGAAGGAGAGGAAGGGGCGAUGGAGGAUGAGGUGGAGAGGGAACGGACUGGAAGGGAACUGCAAGGAGAAGAAGAACAGGGAGCAGAAAAGGGAGCAGAAAGGGAAGCGGGAAGGGAAGCGGAAAAAGGGGCUGAAAAGCAGGGUUCAGGAGCAGAGAGUGAGUAUUCUGGCGAGCUGGCUGCUGGGGAGGGGAGGGGGGCGGCUCUCAGAGCGAUUGUGGAAGGCGAUAGGGAGGAGGGCGAGGAGGGAGAGCAGGAUGAGGCUGGGACGGCACAGGAAGCUGGUGUUGUGGAGGGACAUGAACCUGCAGCAGCUGGCAUUGCUGCUGCUAUUGCGGAGGAGGAAGAGGUGCUUGAUCGUAUUGCUGCUGCUGUUGAGGAGGAGGGAGAGGUGCUUGAUGGAAUUGGUGCUGCUAUUGCGGAGGAGCGAGAGGCACUUGAUGGUAUUUCUGCUGCUGUUACGGAGGAGGGAGAGGCGCUGGGUGAUCGUGAUGGUGGUGCUGCUGCUGCUGAGGAGGGUGAAGAAGGGGAGGGGGGAGCUGAUGUGAUUUCUGCUGGGGAGGGUGAAGGUGCAACAACUAAGAUAUUGUCUGCUGGGGAGGGUGGGAUAGCUGCUAAUGCUGCUGCUGCAGAGGAGGAAGAUGCGCCUGCUGCUUUUGCUCAAGAAGAGGGAGCGGCGGCUGAGGUUGCAGAGGCAGCGAGAGAGGAACCGACAGACGAGGCGCCAACACUUGGCACCAUGGUUGCAGCUAUGCUACCCUCGACGAUGGUGCGGAUGCUGGGGUUAGAAGGUGAGGGCGAGGCAAGCACGGGGCGAGAGGGGGAGAGGGAGAUGCUGGAGGAGGCAGAGGAGGAGCAGCGGGAGGAGCAGGCAGGGUGGAAGGAGGAGGAGGAGGGGAAGCAGGAGAAGCAGGAGCAGCAGGAGCAGGUUUGGUGGCAGGAGACGCAGGAGGAAGAGAAGCAGCCUCCAGAAGCUCAAAAGGUAGAAAGUUUCCAAGGUCAUGGAGAAGCAGGGGAAGAGGGAACUAAAAUGAUGUCUGCUAAGGAGGGUGAAGGUGCAAAAGAGAUAUUGUCUGCAGGGAAGGGUGGAGAUCCGACUAAGGGCUUGUAUGCGAGAACGCUCGACAACAUGAUGCCUGGAGUGGAUUGGAGCGACGUGGCUGCAGGGGAAUCGAGUGUCAUGCCCAAGGAGACAUUCGCUAAUGGUGGAAAGGCAAGCGAGCCGUCUGACACACCACUACUUACCUCUGAUGCGGGGGAAUUAGCUACAUCUGAGGCGCGAGGACAAGGCGAGUCAGGCGAGUCAGGACAGUAUGGUCAAGAAACAGGGUGGCCGGGGCUGGCCCGAUGCAGUAGGUCAGAGGAGGGCGGAGGGGAUAUGGCUCAGGGAGGGGAUAUGAAUCAGGAAGGGGUUGUGGUCCCGGGAGGGGGUGUGGCUAAACCAGUGGGAGAAGCGUGGCAUGUGGGUGAAUCAGGUGAUGAAAGGCCGGAUGUGAUUGCAUCAGGGGGAACAGGAGCACGUGUGACUGGGUGGGGGGAAGAGCUGGAAGGGAAUGAGCCAAUGAGCGUGGAGGAGAGUGCACGGCUGGUGGAAGAAGCAAGAGGGGAGCUGAGAGGGACGCGGGAGGACAUGGCUAAAGCACUGGAGAGGCAGAUGCGAGUCUUGGCUGUGUGA